CACCAUUCAUUUUCAUUCAUUCAUUACAUUAAUGCUAUAAAUAAAACGCAUUUUUUUAUUUUUUAUGCAUUUUCUGUGUCAGUAGUUUAAUAACUUUUCUUUUAUUGGGAAAUGAGAUUUCAAACAAAUCAUCACACAGUCACACUCCUCUCUCUCUCUCUCUCUCAUAUCUUCAACAUUUAUUUUUAUUUUUAAUUUUCUACUUUCACUCUCACACUUCACUCACUCUCCAAACUAGGGUUUUCUUUUCCUCUGUGCAUUUCUCUGAGUAAUCUCCUCUUCACAACUUCAAUGUAGGUAGGAAGAAGACUUGUGCAUGCAAACUUGUUCUGAUCUCUCUAAAUGUUCAAUGCUUUACCUCAUUUAUGGAAAAGGUUUUGAUCUUAAAGUUUUGAGUUGAGGUUAGGGUAGUUUGUUUUUGAAAGUUGAGGUGGUAAAGCAUGGAUUUUUUGAAGAUUAAGAAAUUCAGGAAAUCUCAAAAACCAGGCGUAGAAAAAGAUUUGGUGGACAGGGCAGUGCCAGAGCCUGAGGAAUCAAGGCCUAACACUGGUGAUCUGGAUCAGUGUAAAUCAGAAAAUGCAGAUUCUGCUGGUGAUGCCGAGGAUGACGAUGAUUUUAUUACCAAUGAGGUAAAGAGGAGGCUCAAGGAAUUAAGAAGAAACAGUUUUAUGGUGUUGAUUCCUGAAGAAGAUUCGUGUCUGGAGGAAGGGGAGGAUGAAGAGGAAGAGGGUGAGACAGUCUCAAAUGAAUGGAGGGAUGUCGAGGCAGAAGGUCAGCAAUGGUGGCGAGGCUUCGAUGCUGUUUUUGAAAAGUACUGUGAAAGAAUGCUAUUCUUUGAUCGGAUGAGCGUGCAGCAUCUUAGUGAAAUCGGAAAAGGUUCUCAGAACACUUCAACUCCAUCUCCAUCUCCAAGAUCUACAUCAAAGAAGCUGGCAUCUCCCCUUCGGUGUCUUUCCUUGAAAAGAUUUGAAGAACCCGAUGAUGAGACUGAACAUCUUCAACAGCCUGAAAAUCAUCCCUACUUGGAUAUUGAAACGGCAUACGUAGGUCAAAUUUGCUUGACUUGGGAGGCUCUUCAUUGUCAAUACUGUCAUAUGAGUUAUAAGAUAUCUUGGCAAAAUGAAAAUCCUACCUGUUACAACCGUAGUGCGCAGGAGUUUCAACAGUUUCAGGUUCUAUUGCAAAGGUUUAUUGAAAAUGAACCUUUUGAGCAGGGCCUUCGACCUGAAAUUUAUGCUCGCACAAGGAACACUUUGCCUAAUCUUCUUCAGGUUCCAAACAUACGAGGUUCAGAUCACGAAUUAACAGAUGAGUCAGAUAUGAGAGUUCUUGCACCCGAUCUUAUCACAAUAAUUGAAAACUCUAUCCUUACUUUCCACCUUUUCCUGAAAAGGGACAAGAAAAAGUCAAGUGGUGUUAUCAACCUGUUUGGAAAUCAGAACCAGCUCGCAACUCCUCUACAACAGGUUCAGUCUACUCUUGAGAAGAAAGUGGCAAAACUGAAGGAGCUGCGUAAAAGGAAGAAGGGUUGGAGAAAAAGUUCUUGGCCCCAAAAGCAUGAGGACAUUCAACUAUUGCUUGGCCUAAUUGAUGCGAAAAUCCUAUCAAGGGUUCUGAGAAUGACGAGGAUGACUAGAGAACAACUGUUUUGGUGCGAAGAAAAGAUGAAAAAACUUGAUUUAUCAAAUAGUAGGUUAGAGAGGGAUCCAUGUCCCAUUCUCUUCCCUUGCUAACUGCAAUCUUUCGUUCUUUCUGCUUUGAAUGAUAAAUGUUGCGGAAGCAAAUGCCUGUAUUGCACCAUAGCUGGCUUGCUUAGGAUAUCUAGGGAAGAAUUGCGGAUUAUGUAUGAGUAUACUGACAAUGAGAGCAUAACAAGACCUUUCUGCUAUUUCAAAUGUAGUACCGUUCUGUCAUAUUUGUGAGUUUGUAGGUUGUUUUUUGUGUAAUUCUCGGGAUAACAAAUAGUGUUAAGGAUUAUUCUUGUUGAUAAUCUCUCCUAAGACCAAAUUCUGUAAGCAGAAUACUUCUGUUAGAAGAUGAUUUUCUAGAAUGCAUUUGAAUGUGCACUUUCAAUUUGAA